AUGCGCCCCUCCGACCCCCGCAUCCGCCAAACCCUCAACCACAUCUCCCAGAACAUCGAGUCCGCCAACCUUACGACCCAAGCCUCCCUCUUCACUUUCUCCGAACACUACAUCUCCCCCUGCCUCGCCUCUCUGAGCACCUGCCUCGAAGCGUCCUGCCAGCCCUGCUUCGCGGUCCGCGACGACCUCCGCCAGAAGCGCCAGCGCCAAUCUCAGCACAGCCGACGGGGGCGCGGGAGGGAGAACCUCGCGUUUGAUUUCUAUGACGAUUGGGAGCAGGAUGAGAGUGAGUGGGGGAACGAUGAGCUGGAUCGGUUGCUGAAUGGGGAUGAUACGGCACAGCCGGGGAAGCAUGGGGGGAUGAGUUAUGGGAGUCGCGGGGUUGGCAGGAGGAAAGGUGGGGAGGGGGAGGAUGAUGUUAAGAUGUUGCCCAAGAGUAGUAUGUUUGGGUUCUUGGAGAGAUUGCCGUGGAAGAUUGGGGGGAGGGGGGUUCGAUACAAACCUAAUGUUGCGAAUCUGCAGGAGAAUAUUGGGAGGAGGGGUGUGGAAGCGGAGCCGUUGAUUGAGGAGGGGGAAGAGCGGGAAGGGAGAGGCCAUACGAGGAGUAGGAGUGGGACGGUGGGGAGUAGGAGUACGACCAACUCGUUAAGUUCGAGGGGUGAUCUGUUCCCGAGCGAUGAUGAGGAUGAUGCCGUGCCGUUGGAUGACGAGUUUGCGAUGGUGUUGGAGCGGCGGACUACGGGGACUACGUCUGAUGAUCACAGUAGUGGAAGGGCAAGGGGGAAGAGACCGUCUGGGUCCAGGGCCUCGACGAAGACGGGGUCGUCGAAGGACACGAGGAGUGUGAGAAAGGAAAGGAGGGGAACGUCGACUUCCAGUGGCAGAAAUCGCCAUCUGAUAGAGACGGCAGAAGAAGAUGUACUGUCGAUAAGUGAUCUGAAGCACGAAGAGGAGCGUGUCCGACUGCAGGAGGAGGCUGAGGUGGAGCAGAGACGGCAAGCAGCUCAGAGAUUGGCGCUUGAGCGUGGUUUGAGCAGUGCAGAAGAUGAAGCAGAGGAUCUACCCGAUAGCCACGAUGUCAAAGGAGGUGCCAUUAUCCAUGACAAGGAGCUGCCUUCACCCGAUCAUGAAAGGUCGCCACUCGCAAAUCCACCACCAGAACUCCCACCAUCGAAGGUAGAACCCAGUCCUCUCGACCAGCCGCGAUGGCCAGUGAGAGAUGGAGCUCCUGAGCCAAAGCCUCCAGAUGAGCCAAAUCACUGA